CUAUGAAAACAUGUUUCGUGACAGAUCCAUGACAUAAUGGGAGACGCGGCACCAUUACCGGCUUAUACCAAGUUCCUGUUCGCCUCAACUUCUGGAGUUGCGGCUACGUUGGUAUGCUACCCUCUGGACUUGGUAAAGAAUCGCAUGCAGGUGUACGGGAAAAUAAAUAAGGGUAAAAUUACGGCAAAGGAUGUUGUAAAUCUAACACUGAAGGAUAAGGGGUUCUUGGGAUUAUACAAGGGUUUGGGAACGAGCAUGGUUAGGCAAACUUUGUAUACCGGCACGCGAAUGGGCAUGUAUCAAGCGUUGCUUGAUCACGUAAACAAUACAUAUGGGCCGCCGAAUUUAUUGGUAAAGUGUGGACUCGGCGUAGUGUCCGGUGCCAUGGGUGGAAUCGCUGGGCUUCCUCCCGAUGUGGCACUCACCAGAAUAUCGACCGAUGAACUAUUGCCACCCGAUAAAAGACGCAAUUAUAAAGGCACUGUAGACGCUCUGACUCGAAUGUACAAGGAGGAAGGCCCAUCGACACUUUUCCUCGGUUUGACUCCAGUGGUUAUAAGAGCCGUGCUUCUAAACACAACGCAAAUACUUACCUAUUACCAAUUUAAAGAAUCCCUUCUAAGAUCUGGAAUGAUGGGCGACAACCCCUCAACACACACCCUUUGCAGCAUGCUAUCCGCGUUUGUAACAACGUGCGUAGUACUACCCAUGGACAUGGCAAAAACAAGAAUGCAGAAUAUGCAAAUAGUCGACGGUAAACCGGAGUACCGGAAUUUGGGCCAUGUUUUAACGAGCGUAAUACGACGUGAAGGUCCUCUGGCUCUGUGGAGCGGAUUUACGCCUUUGUUGAUACGUAACGGCCCGCAAUUUAUUGUCAUCUUUGUCGUUUACGAACGAUGUGUAAAAUUGUAUCGACAACUAAUGACAUAA